AGGUAUUAGCCCUUUCAAUUCAACAUGGCUGACCAUGAAUUAGAUGCGCUAGAGAACAGAUUAGAUAUAAUUGAAAAUAAGGUGUUUGGAAGCUCAGAGAAAGAUGCAUUUUAUCCCAAGGACAAAAAGAGGGCAGAUGAGUGCAUAGAAAAACUUGCCAACAUUCAAGAAAAGAUUUCUACUGCAACAAAAAAUAAGAAGAGGAUAUCUGAGAUUUAUAGAAAAUCCAAGGAAGUACAGAAGUAUUUAGACCCAGCCUAUACUGAUGAAAUGACAAUGAGUGAUGAAGCUAAGGAAGAAGUUAUCAUAGCAGAGGAAGAAUUUUUGAGGGGCCAAGCCAAACAUUUGGAAAUGAUGGAAGAAUUAAAGUCAACGUUGGACAGUGAACACCUUAAAUCUACUCCAAAGUUUACAGAAAAGUUUGAGGCCUUGAGUCAUAUUCAGAUAAAACAGCAGGACCAAACUUCAGAGCUUACUGAAGAAGCAAGAAAGUUGCUGGCAACAUAUAACAAUAUUAUUACCUUGGUAUCCAGGCAGUUUGUCCAAUGGGAUGAAAUACUGACUAAUAUAGAGGCCAAGAAAACAAAGACCAAAGACUAAAAUAUCAUAGAAAAAUGGUGUUAGUGCAAUAUUUAAUAAAACUAUCUGUACAAUAUAAGAUUAUUAUAAAGUUAUUAUUAGGUCUGUAUUUCUUUUCUCUAAGUU